UUGAAAUAGUGAAGUGGCAAAGCAAACUCUGGUUCUGGUAGAUCGUUGAGCGGAGGCAAGUGCACAAAGGGAAAAGAGGCAUAAUGCGGAAGCUGAGCACAAUCCUUCGGAAGGGUCAGAAAGCUCUUCAAGAUCUGGAGUUGCUCAAGAUUUUGCAAUCUGAGAUUUCCCACGAGCUUUCCUCCAAUCCCUUUCAGGACAUCGAAGGCGGUUCCUUGGGAGAUUUUGUAGUGGACUGGGACUCAGCAAAGUCUCGGGAUGUGGUUCUUCGAAGAAAGUGUGAUACGGGAGAAGAGGUCGUUGUUUCGGCCUUGCUGGGUCCGUUGCCCGUUGGAAGUGGGACAGAGGUUGCGCUUCCAAGGGAUGUGUUGAUGAAGGUAUGUGUGAAGAAGCCUGGCUUGAGAUCUCUUCUGCAGUUUGAUUGUGAAUUUUAUCAGACGGACGAUGACGACGGGUCUGCAUUUGACAUCCAUAAUGCCCAUUAUCUUCAGUCUUCAACUAUUGUGAGUAAUUCAGCCUACAGAGGCCCCUUAUUCAGUUCUUUGGACCUUCAUCUACAAACUGCAUUGAAGGACUACUUAGUAGCCAAGGGUGUCGGAGGAAGCUUGAUAAACUUUCUCCGCCUCCACUUACACAAAAAGGAGCAAGACCAAUAUGUGAACUGGCUCAAGAAGCUCGAGUCCUUGGUAGCAAAAGCCGAGUAAUGGAAAACCGCUGCUGGCAGUAGUGCCCGUUUAGUUCAUGGGCUCAAACCACAUUCAAAUUUUUGUGAGACAGAACCAUUUGAAAUAGAGUUGGAGUUAGCAUGCUCUAAAAAGCCAUUCAUGCGUCUAUUAAUCGCCAUGCUCAAAUUUUGAUCAAUAAUUAGGAAAAUACCCUUUUUUUUAAAAAAAAAAAAAAGGAAAAUACCAAUUUGAUUUCUGCAAUAUUGGAACUAUGAUGUUUACAAAAAUGACGAGAAAGGGGGAGUUC